GGAGCAGGAGAGGGCAGAGGGAAGUCUGCGGGAGAGAGCUACCCGUUCAGGGUCCCAGGCAACAGAGGCAGCAUCUCCAGCGAGCUGGAAAGAUCCGCUGGGCAUCUUUCAGCCCUUGUCACCCUCUGAGGCUCCAGCUGGAAACACAGGGUGCUUGCCGAGUUGGUGACAGAGCUGAUACCAAGAAACUGGUACGCUCAGGCCCCCUGUGCCCAUCUUCUCUCCAUACCCCAGCAUGGAGGAAGGUGAUUUUGACAACUACGAUGGGGCAGACAACCAGUCUGAGUGUGAGUACACAGACUGGAAGUCCUCAGGGGCGCUCAUCCCUGCCAUCUACCUGCUGGUGUUCCUUCUGGGCACCACGGGCAACGGCCUGGUGCUCUGGACGGUGUUUCGGAGCAGCCGAGAGAAGAGACGUUCAGCUGACAUCUUCAUCGCCAGCCUGGCGGUGGCCGAUCUGACCUUCGUGGUGACCUUGCCCCUGUGGGCCACCUACACCUACCGGGAUUUUGACUGGCCCUUUGGGACCUUCGUCUGCAAGCUCAGCAGCUACCUCAUCUUCGUCAACAUGUACGCCAGCGUCUUCUGCCUCACCGGGCUCAGUUUUGAUCGCUACCUGGCCAUCGUGAGGCCCGUGGCCAACGCUCGGCUGAGGCUGCGUGUCAGCGGGGCCGUGGCCACCGCCGUGCUGUGGGUGCUGGCUGCCCUCCUGGCGGUGCCUGUCAUGGUAUUCCGUACCACUGGGGACAUGGACAACAGCACCAAGGUACAGUGUUAUAUGGACUACUCCCUCGUGGCCACCACCAGCUCAGAGUGGGCCUGGGAGGUGGGCCUGGGCAUCUCAUCCACUGCCGUGGGCUUUGUGAUCCCUUUCACCAUCAUGUUGACCUGUUACUUCUUCAUCGCCCAAACCAUUGCGGGUCACUUCCGCAAGGAGCGCAUCGAAGGCCUUCGGAAGCGCAGGCGGCUGCUCAGCAUCAUCGUGGUGCUGGUGGUGACCUUUGCCCUGUGCUGGAUGCCUUACCACCUGGUCAAGACGCUGUACAUGCUGGGCAGCCUGCUGCAUUGGCCUUGCGACUUUGACAUCUUCCUCAUGAACGUCUACCCCUACUGCACCUGCAUCAGCUACGUGAACAGCUGUCUCAACCCCUUCCUCUACGCCUUCUUUGACCCCCGCUUCCGCCAGGUGUGCACCUCCAUGCUCUGCUGUGAUCAGACUGGGUGUGGGGGCCCCUCUCACAGCAGCAGUGGGGACAAGUCAGCCAGCUACUCUUCAGGGCACAGCCAGGGACCUGGCCCCAAUGUGGGGAAGGGCGGGGAGCAAAUGCAUGAGAAAUCCAUCCCCUACAGCCAAGAGACACUGGUGGUUGAUUAGAGCUGUGAUCCGGGAGAGCAAUCUGCAGUUCCCGUCUGCUCCAGCCCUUCCCUCUGCUCUCUGAGAAUUAGGGAGCAGUGACUCUGUGUUUGUCUUGCAUUUCACUCUUUCCCGGUCCUCUGCCUCUUGGAUUGGUCCUAUUUUCCCAUUACUCUCCUAUUUUCCCAUUACUCUUUUGUUCUUUCUUAGAGAGAGAGAGGGAGAGAGAGAGAGAGAGAGAGUGGUGGAAAGAAAUUUGAGCCCUGUAGACAGAGACCCGAGUUGAGCUACUCUGCCUCUGUGAGGAAGACCUUGUAAUCUCUGAGUCUAUGUUUUUGUAUUUGUAUAAAAAGGGGGGGGAGAGAUAAUAUGGACCUUAAAAUGUUGAAGUGUGAGUCAUCACUCAAAAAUUAGUUUCCUUCCACCCAUUCCUUAGAUUUCUAAUCCUCUUUGCUUUCCUUGAUUAGUUUUCCCACUUUCUGUGCUAUUUGCCACUUUCUUUUUACUGUUAAUUCUCACCUCCUAGCUCCAACCCCUCUCCAUGAAUAGGUUCUGCAGGGCUCCUAAGGGUUAAGAAUCCUGAAGCUUGUAAAACAGGACUCAGGUCAAGCUCUUAUCCUGUUUUCUGGGAGCCAGCUAGGGCAUAGGCUGGGGCUGGGGACAGGCAGGGAGGGGGGUGGUUGUUACGUGUCAGUAAAGAAUUAGUGCUUCCAGUCCUCAGAGCCUGGAGCUCUGGACCCUUCCCUAAAAUCAGAUCCUGUUCAUUGUCCUUUUAGAGCCAAGGUCUAGAAUGAUUGGGGAGAGCUACCCUCCCAGUGCGAUGCUAAUUUCUACCCAUUUCUCAAGACCAUUUCCUUCUCCACUGUUGUCUGUGAAAAUUAGAAGGUCAUACCCCCGAUGAAGCCAGGAGUUCCCAUCUAUGAGUGGAGAGAGUCAGGGAAGGGCCGACGGAGAAAGAGGGGCUGGAGGCGUGUUUGUGUUUAGUCACUACCUUAUGCUGCUUGGCUCUCCUCCCCCCCAACCCGAAUUCUUCCAGCUCCCUCCAGAACUGUGAACCCCGAGUCUUUCUCUUAUCUCCCUCUCUCACCCCCAUUAUCUCCCAAGCUUUUUUUUUCUCCCCUGGGCAUUGGUGCUGAGUCACUCGGUUGG